AUGCAAGAUGAAAAAGGAGAUCAUAUUGAAGGAAAUUCUUGUAUAGUUUCAAAAUCGAAACAAAACAUAAAUAGAAACGAAAUGGGUUGGAAAAAUAAAAUUGGCACAACUUGUCGAAAUAAAAAUAUAGAUAGAUUUUGUAGUGAAGGUGAAAAAAAAAUAGUAAGCAAUUGCACACAACAUCCCUUAAUUUGUAAAGAAGAUAAAGACAUUGAGAAUUUAAAGUUCUCAAUAGCUACCUCAUUAAAUAAACUUAAAAAAACGAGUCGUUCAAAAGUGAAAUAUUAUAAGGAAUCAGGGUCAGAAAAUUGUGAAGAAAAAGAUAUAAAAAAUAGAAACAAAGAAUGUAUACAGUAUGAAGAUCAAUAUUAUAAAAACAGAGAAAUCCAAAAAUGUAGUAAAAAUAACAAUGAGGAAAUAUAUCAGGAAUCACCUAUAAUUCAAAAAAACAUUCAACCAGAUUGCGAUGUAGAACGAGAAGAAAUCAUUGAAAAUAUGAGCAAGGCAAUAAAUAAUUCGGAAUUUAUUAAAAAUAUGAACUACUAUUUUGAAGAGGGGAAUAGUAACACACAAUCAGAAAGUGAGAAUAAUAAAGCUAGCCAAACGAGUGAAAGUGAUUGGUGUAUAAAUAUCGAAAAAGACAAACUAUAUAAAAGCGAACUUUCUGAAUUUGUAUCCGAGACAAACUACAAUGAUAAAAAUGAUAGUUGUGUAAAUGAAGACAAGGAAAAAAAUAAUAUAAAUUUUAUAGAAAAAAAAAAUAUUGCUAGCGAAAAAGAUUUGCUAAAAGAUAUGAAUGCACAUGUGCAUGCUUUUAAAGAACAAUGUGAUUAUUUAAAGGUUAUAUUAAAUGAAUUGAAAGAUUUAAUGUAUAUUAUCUAUACUUGUUUUAAGAUAAAGAAAGGUGAUAAUUGUUUAGAAAAACAAAUAAAUUCUACUACCAUUAUGAACAAAUGGGAUGAAUAUUUUACUCAAAACCAAAAGGAAAUAAAUUUACAUGAACAUGUCAGCAAAAAUAAGAAUUUUCAAAAAGAAAUAUUUUAUUGCCAAACUCUUAAAAUUAAUGAUGAAAAAAAUAUUUAUUCAUCUGAAAUAUAUAAUAUAUAUGUAAAUUGUUUGAAGAUGUUUAUGAAAAAUGAAUUAAGUAUAGCUCUUGAAAAUAUAAGAAAUAUUUUAAAUAAUCCAAAUUGUGAAAUAAAUAAAGAAGGUAUUAAUAAAAUGAAAAUAAAUAAUUUACAGCUAGCUAAUGGUCAUAUAAAAACGGAAUAUAUUACAAAGGAUGAAAAAAAUACAGAAGAAAACCAAAAUAACGAGAACAACAUUUCUAUAUUAUCAAUCACUAAAUUAGUUAGUGAUAUGUCUUAUAUUCGGCAAUAUAUAGAAGAAUUAAAAGUGAGUUGCAUAAAGGAAGAUAAGCAAACUCAAGUUAAAAUUGCAAACCCAAUGAAAAAUAAAAAACAACCUGACUGUUCAGAAAAUAAAAUUGAUAUUGAAUUUGAUAGCCAAAAUGAAAACAAUAAAAAAUAUCAAAAUAAAAUCUCAGAAUUAGAAAAAGAGCUUUUGAAUACUAAAUUGUUGUUAGCCCAAAGUGAGACUAUAAGAGAAAUAGAAAUUAAUGAAAUAAAAAAAAGUAAAUAUAAUUGA